AUGCAUACCAAGAACGAAGAAACUCACCUCCAUGUUCAGCCACGGGACGAUGACAAGGCAAAUUUCCCGCCCGAAGAUCCGUCAUCGUUCGACCAGUACCCAGAUCGCGGGUGGCGUGCAUGGCUUGUCGUUCUGGGCGCAUGGUGCGCGCUGGUACCUGCAUUCGGGAUUGUCAACACUAUAGCGGUGCUCGAGGAGUGGCUGUCUGAGCAUCAAUUGAAAGAUUACCCCAAGUCGUCGGUAUCGUGGAUCUUUAGCCUAUGGGUUUUCUUCUUUUAUCUAGGAGGCGUUCAGGUUGGACCUAUAUUCGAUGCUCAUGGGUUGAAGCCUUUGCUUAUUCCAGGAUGUACUGGAAUCGUGGUAUCGCUCAUGAUACUGAGCGUUUCUACCGAAUUCUAUCAAUUCAUUCUCGGCUUUAGCCUUCUAGGAGGGGUUACCGCAUCGAUGGUAUUCACCCCCAGUCUCGCCGCCGUCAAUCAUUGGUUCCUGCGUCGCAGAGCCUUGGCAAAUGGCUUCGCCAACACUGCCGGAAGCAUUGGCGGCAUCAUCUUCCCCCUUAUGGUAGGAGAUCUCAGCGAAAAAGUGGGCUUCCCCUGGGCAAUUCGGGUCAUGGGCUUUGUCUGCGCCAUCUUCUGCGUCGCCUCCACUCUCCUUCUCCGAACUAGACUACCACCCAACAAAGAAGGUGGAAGCAGCAUCGACCUACGCGCACUGUGCGAUGUACGACUCUCCACAGUAGCAGUCGCAAUCAUCCUCAUCGAAAUCGGCUUCCUCAUCCCAAUGACCUACCUAGUCUCCUACGCCACCUCCCACGACGUCGACGGCUCCCUCUCCUACCAACUAAUGGCCAUCCUGAAUGCAGCCUCUAUCUUCGGCCGCGUGAUCCCGGGCUACCUAGCAGACCAAUGGGGCCGCUUCAACGUAAUCAUCGUGACGACCUUCGUCUGUACAGUCUUGAUUCUCGCCCUGUGGCUGAAAUCCGGCACCAACGCGCCCGCCAUCGUCAGCUUCGCUGCGUCCUUCGGUUUCUGGAGCGGGACGGCAAUUAGUCUUGCGCCUGUUUGCGUGGCUCAAAUCUCCAAGACGGAGGAGUAUGGGAAGAGGUAUGGGACGACGUAUUCGCUGGUGAGCUUUGGGUCGUUGGUUGCGAUUCCUGUGGCGGGGGAAAUUUUAAAGGCGCAAAAUGGGAAUGUUAAGCCGGAGACGAAUUAUUCAGGCUUGAUUGUUUUUGCGGGGGUUGCGUAUGGGGGUUCUAUGUUGUUUUUUAUCAUUUCGAGGGGAGUUAGUGGGGGGUGGGGGUUGAAAAAGAUUUUCUAA